AUGGCAGCGAUCACAGCAUCCAGUGCUGGCGGUAGUGAGGGGGGCAAUGCAAGCGGUGGAAGCGGCGGUGCAGGUGAUGCAAGCAGUGCGAGGGGUGCAGGCGGUGAAAGCUGGGGUUCGGAGCGGUUCUACAUGGUGACGGGCGAGGGCGACUACUGCGCGGGCGAGUCGCACUGGACGUGGAGCUUCCUGUGCGCUGCGGCGGAGGCGAAGGCUCUCAACCGCACGCUCAUCAUCCCCAUGGCCAGGUGCCUGGACGCACGGCAUACUUUGUCGCAUCUGACGGAGGAGAAACCGAUGGUGCUGUAUUAUGCCAUGGACCACUGGCCGCGCUUCCAGCCCAUAAUGCCGAGCCUCCAGUUCGAGGUCAAAUUUGGGCCACUGAACGUGACGAGUCUGAGGGAGAGGCACAAGAUGAGCGUGCGUGUGUUUGAGGGGAGCGAGCCCACGAGCAGGCUGGAGAGCGAGGAUGCGCGCAGUGCCACUCUCAUCGUGCGCAACGCAUGGUUCGCCUUUCAGAUGUGCUCUGAAAGCGGGGAUCAGAAGCGUCUGGUGCGCAACUACAACCUGAUCCAGCGUCCCAUGUACCUGCGGCGGCUGGCAGAGGCCAUUCGGCGCAGCAUUGGCGGGGACUAUGAUGCCGUGCACGUGCGGCGAGGAGACAAGCUGGAUAGCCGCUUCUGGCCGCACCUCGACCGAGAUACCCGCCCUGAUGCCCUCUUGAAAAAGCUACCCAAGUUUAUAAAGCCGGGGCGCCACGUGUACAUAGCGUCAAACGAGCGCACGCCGGGCUUCUUCAGCCCGCUCGCCUCGCUCUACAAGAUCCACGUGCUCUCCGACUACAGCCACCUCUGGGCGCCCGGCAGUGACUGGUACAACGCGUGCUGGGAGCUCAUGCAGAGACAGCGGGUUAUACACGGAGAGACCGGACCGGUGUUUGAUGCUCAGAUGCAGUGGAUAGUGGAUGACAUUUUACUGAGACAGGGAAGGAAGGGAGUGGAGACUUUCCCUGAUCUUACCAAUGAUACGAGACACGCUAUUGCGAGAUAG